AUGGAGUCCGAGUCCAAGUCCGAGUCGGCGCCGCAGUGCUCUCCGCUGCCGCCUCCGCCCUCCACCAGCUCCGACACAGCUCCGCCCGACCACCCACACGCGACGUCCUCCCCGUUCUUGUAUCUUCUGACGCUCUGCGCGUCCAUCGGAGGCUUCCUCUUCGGCUAUGACACAGGCGUGAUCUCCGGAGCGUUGGUGCUGCUCCAGAGUCCGCAAGGCUUCGCGCUCUCCGACCUCCAGAGCGAGGCGGUGGUGGCUGCUGCGGUGGGCGGCGCCAUCGCUGGCGCGGCACUCAGUGGCGUGGGCAACCACAAACUCGGUCGUCGUCGGGUGAUCCUCUUCUCCUCCGCCCUGUUCACAGUGGGGGCGGGGCUCAUGGCUGUGGCCGGGACCUUUGAGGAGCUGCUGGUCGGUCGACUGAUUGUCGGGGUGGGUAUUGGCUGUGCGUCCAUGACGGUGCCGCUGUACAUCGCAGAGGCGUCACCACCGCAGAUUCGAGGGCGGUUGGUGUCGCUCAACUCGGCGCUGAUCACUGGUGGGCAGUUCUUCGCCAGCGUGUUGGACGCGCUGCUCGCAGACACGGAAGGAGGCUGGAGGUACAUGCUCGGACUUGCUGCUAUUCCUGCCAUUCUGCAGUUCGUGGGCUUCCUAGCACUACCGGAAAGCCCCCGCUACCUCGUCAGCAUGGGGAAAGAAGACGAAGCUCGCGCUGCGCUGUUGAAGAUUCGUGGCGAUCAAGACGUCGACGUGGAGUUGAAGCACAUCAAGGCGGAAGUGCAGGGAUCCAAGCUCGAUGAAUCCAACGUGUGGCAAGAACUGCGCUCGCCGCCGGUGAUUCGUGCACUCACUCUUGGAUGCUUCAUCCAGUGUCUACAGCAGCUCUGCGGCAUCAACACCGUCAUGUACUACGGAGCCACCAUCAUCCAAAUGGCCGGAUUUACUGAUCCUUCGACGGCCAUUUGGCUCUCGGCGCUCGUCUCCUUCAGCAACUUUAUCUUCACGUUCGUCGGCAUCUACCUCGUGGAACGUGCAGGCCGUCGACUGCUGACGCUGGGGAGUUUGGCCGGGGUCUUUUUCUCGUUGGUGGCGCUCGGCGGCAGUUUUUACGUUGCAGAGAAGCAGUCGGUGGAGGUCAAGGGCACGGGAGCUUGUGCCGGGAUCUCGACGUGUUUCAGUUGCGUGGCCAAUGCUGCUUGUGGCUUCUGCUCCAACGUGGGGGGCGACUUGUGUAUGCCGGGAUCGGUAAAGUCGUCGUCACUUGGGUUUUGCUCUGGUUCUCAGUGGUCAUUCGACUCGUGCCCUGAUGACAACCAGGGGAUCGGUUGGGUAAUUCUGCUAGCGAUGUUCCUGUACCUGGCAUCUUUCGCGAGUGGGAUGGGGUGCAUGCCCUGGACUAUCAACGCCGAGAUUUAUCCAUUGAGAGUGCGGAGUUUCGCCCUCAGCGUGUCCACAUCCGUCAACUGGGUAUCCAACCUUCUGGUGUCGUUCACCUUCCUGUCAACGAUCGACGCGUUGGCACCGUACGGAGCCUUCUGGCUGUAUGCCUUUGUCUCGCUGUUCGGCUUCGUGUACUUGUGGCUUGAGUUGCCAGAGACAAAGGGCUUGGAACUCGAGGAGAUUCAGCGCAUAUUCGCGAGUCGGGUAAAAUAUUCCUCCGUGAUGCUUGAGGCGUCGACCAAAAGCGCCCAUACACAAGAACCGAUUCAAGGCGCUUCUUGCUGA